CGCUGACCGUUUCGUCGGCGAAACCGUCAGGGUGUGAUGGGCGCGUCGGCCAGCGUCAAGUACAGGCAGCUUGAUGGCAAGUACCACGUCCAGGAAAAGGUCAGAUUGGUCGAAGACAAGUGCAUUGUGCUCCUGCAUGACGCUAUGCGACGCGGCGAGCUGACGCGGCAGCAGCUGCGGGUCCUUGUCGCCAUGUUGCAGGCCAAGGAACAGUACUUGGAGCACUUCGCACACGAAAAGAUCCACCCAAUUCUGGUCGCUUUGCAGCCGUACUACGACAAAUACCAACCCAUCGCCAAGAAAUGCGUGGACGGAAGCGUGCGGCAAACCAAGUGGGUUGCCCGCAAGAUCGACGACGUGGUCACGACCACCACCCUCCAAGCGCUGUACCAGGCGAGGCGACAGGUUGUGUCCCAGCUGUCCAUCGCGACCAUCUCAACGUACUUUAACAUUUCGCUGCCCGAGGUGAUCAGUGUCAAAGUCAGCAAACGGCACUUUACCAUCCAAAACUGCGGGCCAGACCUCCGACAUCAAGAAAUCGAAUGGACCUGCGACAUUACAGACCCCAAGUUUAUCAAGCGGUUGUUCACACUGCAGUGGGUUCCAUGGAAACCAACAACUUCGACAGCGGUGAAACUCACGGAAACGUUCAUGCUCGAUGUCGAGUACUACGUCCGCAACGAAUACGCCAUCAAAGUGGUUCAACAUAUGAACCUACGUGCAGGCUACAAGUGGGUCGCGUUGGAUACAAGGCAAGGCAGCGUGUCCACUCCACCCAAAUGGCUGCAACGAGUCGACUACAAAGAGAGGGAAAAACGAAGUACGUUGUUCUACGACCUCGUAGCCCAAAUGUACACACAAAUGCACCGAGAGCACCUUCGAUCUCUGGAGAGAGAACACGACGCGCGGCUAGCGGCGGAAGCUAGCAAGCCGCCCCCCCAAAAGCUCACCGUGUUCACGCCCGAGCUCAUCAAGCGGACGUUGGCUACGUUGGCGGACAAGAUCAUGGACGAAGACCGAUUCCUGUUCUACACGCUGGGGGAGUACGAGUGCUGGCGGAUGGAAGGGGAGGACGUUAAGCAGCGGGGGGACUUGACCAUUGGCGAGAUGUAUGAACUGUUUGAAAUGGAAAAACAGGAUGACCGGAUGCGUGCGUUUGCGAGCGAGUUGCUCGCGCUGGGGGAACGCGUUGCUAUGGAAAUGGAGGACGUGAAUCGAGGCGAAACCAAACACGAAAGGGAAUGUCGAUACAUGCGCCGAUAUGACGUGGACGUCGAGUCCGACGACGACGAGUGAGGGAUGUCAUAAUUAUAACAAGUUAAUAAUUCGUCGGUU